AUGGGAAAAGCCUACAACAUUGGCCUGGCUUGCUUUGCAGCCAUUGGCUCCUUCCUUUUCGGAUAUGAUUCCGGUGUGAUGACGGAUGUCAUUGCAUCCAAGAACUUCCUCAACUUCUUCGACACGACAGACACAUCGCCCAUCGUCGGUGCCAUCAACUCGACCUUCAACGGCGGAGCCGUCUUUGGUGCCCUCUUCGGAGGUGUCAUUAUGGACAAGUACGGCAGAAGGAUGACAAUCGGAAUCGGCGCUCUGAUCUGCACUGUCGGCGGUGUUCUCCAAGCGGCGGCCUACCAUCUUGCUAUGAUGUUGAUUGGCCGUAUCAUUGCAGGAUUUGCAAUUGGUCUUCUUUCCAUGAGUGUCCCCGUCUACCAGUCCGAAUGUGCCAGCCCCAAGAACCGUGGUCUCAUCGUCGGUCUCGCCCAGCAGAUGAUUGGCGUUGGUUUCAUCGUUUCUACAUGGAUUGGCUAUGGAAGUCACCACAUGGGUGAUCACUCAUCCUUCCAGUGGCGGUUCCCACUGGCUUUCCAGGCCCUCCCCUCCGCCCUCCUGUGUGUCGGCAUGAUGUGGCUCCCAGAGACUCCCCGACAUCUCAUUGCCUCUGACCGUUUGGAGGAGGGAAUGAAGAUUCUCCACAAGCUUCAUUUUGAUGGCCACAACGACGACUGGGUCAAGGCCGAGUUCCAGGAGAUCAAGAUGACCAUUGACGCCGAGAAGGCCGCCACCGCCCCCGGAUGGCUUGUUAUGUUCAAGGUCCCUCAAUGGAGGAAGCGUCUGGCUCUUGGUACCCUGGUCCAAGUGUUUACGCAGUUUACUGGAAUUAAUGUGAUUGGCUACUAUCAAACGAUCAUGUAUGAAAGCCUGGGCUUUACUGGAAGCAAGAAACUGCUCGUUGCCGGCAUCUACAACUGUUGCGGUCCUAUCGCCAACUUGUUCUUCAUCACCUUUAUUGCUGACAGAAUCGGCCGAAAGCGUCCCCUGAUCUACGGUAUCCUGGCCAUCACCGUCGCCCUGAUCUGCGAGAGCGCCAUCAACAGCCAAAACGUCGACGGCGAGAAGAUAGGCCUUAGCAUUGCUGGUGUUGCCUUCCUCUUCUGUGUCACAAUCAUCUUCUCCCUCUCUUUCGGCCCUGUCAGCUGGACUUACAUGGCUGAGAUCAUGCCCUAUCAGAUCCGUGGAAAGGGAUGUGCCUUUGCCACCGGUAUCGGCAACUGGCUUGUUGCCACCUUCUGGGCCCAGGUCAGCCCUUACGGUCUUAAGGAGCUUGGCUGGAAGUUCUACUUCCUCUUCGUUGCCUGGAACCUCGUCAUCACCCUCCCCGUCCUCGUCUUCUUCUUCCGCGAAACCAAGGGACUUUCUCUCGAGGAGAUCGAUCUCAUGUUUGGCGACCGUGCCCUGGGUAACCUCCCCAACGAUAUCGAGAAGAGCGCUGUCAUGGGCACCACCAGCCUCGCCCACGAGGAGGAGCCCCAGAAGACGUCUGCUUAA